AUGAAAAUUACCCCCAAGUCUGCGAUAGCUUGGAACUUACGGGGCAUCGCCAAAAAAGCUGCAGGACACUCCGAUUUCGAAGACGACUAUGCCAUGGCAGACGUGCUGGCCGAGAGCGAGAAGCAGCUAGAAGAGUUUGGACGACAGCGAAAGCUUUCGCCGACAGGCUGGCAAAGCAGGGACGAAGUGGAGGCCAAGAAAUCUGCUAAGGGCACGGACUUCCUCGUCUCCUUUGCUUUACAGAACAAAUUGGAGGACAACCAGAUCCUGUUCUCUCUGGGUGUGCCCGGCGUUUGGCUCCAAAGUCGUGGUGAACAAGCACUGCGCCCUGUAACAUUCUGCACUGAUAGGUCGUUGAGUUUGGCACACAGCGAGCCAGAGGUUCUGGCAGGCGAGCGGGAGGCUUGGCAACUCCAAAGAGAUUCCGAUGGGUUGCCAGGGUGGUUCGCAGACCCAGCACGUGGAUACAGGAAAUGUGCCCGUGAAACUAACUUUGGCAUCCUCAUUCUACGGCUGAAUGCGGCGUACAUUUGCUCCAUGGCCUGCAGGUGGGAACUUGGUUAUAUAGCAGAAGAGUUGCUACACUUUUUCAUCCCCAGCAGCGACACCCGGCGAGAGCCGAACCGAAUCAUUGCAUGGAAAGACAUCUUGCAAACGCCGGAGCUUUGCAGGCGAGCCUUCGCGGACCCUGAAUUUGAUAUCGAGCAAGGUGAAUCUGCUUGGAACCAGGAUGAGUUUGAGGAUGCCCAGGCCGAGAUCAUGGCACGGGACGCUGUGACACGAAUCAGUGACAUGGCAGAGCUCAUGGAGGAAGAACUCAAGGAACGCAGAGUCCAGUUCCAGAGUGAGCUGCGGCUCAGACAACUUGCUCACCUUCUGGCCUCGUCAUACCUUGACGAAGUUGAUGGAGCCAGGCAACAGGCUACGGAGCAGUUGGCCAGUCUUCACAGGAGACUCGGCAAUGAAGAGGAAUAUAGCAGACUGAUGCAGAGAAUGGAGGCUGACAAGAACGACCAUGCGGCAGAGGGGCCGCAUGCAACUGUCAGGAAGCUGGAACGUUCCUUGAACAUGGGGGAGCUGAAGUUUGGUGAGAGUCAUGGGAGCGUUGAACGAGCACUGGACAAUUUGGCAACAGCUCUUCACAAGAUCGAGAAUUUCAGCAGAGAGCGAGAGAUGUUGCGUCGAUUGUUGAACAUCAGGGAGCAAAAUCUUGGAGAAGAUCAUGCAGACGUCGAAGCGGUGAAAGACCGCAUCAGAGAUGCCAGGCCUGCUUCCAUCACCGGAGAGGUUUAUCAAACACCUACAGCAGCAUUUUAG